GUCAGAUAUGGGUGCAAACAUUUAUAGAGCAUUUGUGUUGUUAAGCUUUCUAAGUUUUGUUUUAUGUGACCUAAAUCUUCAAGAAGAUGAACCUUGCGUAACUGAUGGUCUAAAUGGAACGUGCGUAGGAAUAUUUCGGUGUCCCUCUGCAUCGUUGAGUUACCUUUAUGCCAAUGCGGGAUACGUCAAGACACCUUAUAAAAUAUAUGACUACCCAGAGCUGCCAGAUAUCUGUUCAUAUAAGAACGAGGAACCUGUAGUGUGCUGUACUGAUUGUGAUAUUUCUAAUGCAGAACCGUUACGUCAUACUUCUAUAGGACCUCUGGGGAUUCCGAAAGAUAAUCAAGGCCCAGUAGCUUGGUCUAAAUGUCUGGAUUAUUUAAAGAUUCUACCGUACCCGUGUCGGGGUCAAGGAAAUUUCAGAGUGCGAAAGUUCUGGAAAGAAAAUAGAAAAUGUUAUAUGGUCCGGUUGGAUACAGCAUUAGCUACUGGUGGAAGAGAGGCACAAAGAUGGGAAUUUCCUCACAUGGCUUUACUAGGAUACGGAGACGAACAAAAAUCGGCGCAAUGGCUUUGCGGAGGAACUGUGAUCAGUGAGAGAUUCAUACUCACUGCUGCACACUGCAUAUCUUCCAGAGCUUUGGGCAACGUCUCAUAUGCUGCACUUGGUCUACUAAAACGCACUGAUCCGAAGGAAUUGUGGAACAUACAUAAUAUUAAAAGAAUAAUUCCCCAUCCUGAAUACAAUCCUCCUUCCAAAUACCAUGAUAUUGCACUUCUGGAGACAGAAACUGAGAUAAAUUUUGGCAAAAAUCUUCUGCCUGCAUGUCUAGAUACAGGAAAGAAUAAAGAACUCACGGCUGAUGCUUCUGGUUGGGGCCGUUUGGGUCAUAUGAAGGAUUUAGCUGAUACUUUGCAAGUAGUGACUCUCCAGGAGUUUGAAGAAACAGAAUGUGCGACUCUUUUCCCACUGCACAGACAUCUGAAGCAUGGAUACGAUCAUGAAAAACAGAUGUGUUACGGAAACCACCAAACGAUAAUUGAUACUUGUGAGGGUGACAGCGGUGGUCCCCUCCAGACGAACCAGUUCAAAUGUCAGUACACAGUGGUCGGCGUGACGUCAUUCGGCAAGGACUGCGGCAUCCUCGGCUCACCUGGCAUGUACACCAGGGUCUCUUACUACGUACCCUGGAUCGAGAGCAUCGUCUGGCCUGAGGAGACAAAAGAACACAAGAAAAAAGACAAUCUUUUGUUUGACAAGUGGCUAAAUGCUACACAACAAUAAAUGUUAUGA